AUGGGUGAAGACUUCAUCCAGACUGUGGAGACAAAGAUGGGAGGAAAGGUUCUCAUCCUCCUGGCCUUGCCGACAGAGAAGCCCACACAAAUUCAGCGCACCAAGCUUCAGUCACCUGAUACUGGUGGCUUUCUGAAGUUCACCGACUCUGUCGAUGACUGGCAGAAAGAUUUGUGGAAGAAGUGGGGGAUGUGGGCAAUGAAUGUCAUGAUUCCCGAUGAGCUUAAGGAUAAUGAUGCCGAAGAAGAGGAUGAAAUCGCACUCACCGAUGUGCAGCACGAGAUCGAUGAUGAUGGCAAUGCCAUCGUUCCUGCAUUUGAGGAGACGUGGAAGCUGACUCAAAAGCGUCAUUUGGUCCGGGCCAUUGUGACUCACCAGCAUCGAAAGAUUGUUGAUUCCAAGCGCGCAAAGUGCCCGUGGAAGAAGAUCAGUGAAGAUGUCCGCAAGUACAUUGAUGAGGCAUGUUGGCCGGACAGCGUGGUCUUUGCUGAACCUUGGAACAUCGGUGUUGACAACAUCGAUUUGCUCCUCAAGCACUGGGCGAAUCGACAGGCUAUUGGCUCAGUUGCUUUCCAAUUUCUGGUAGCAGCUGGUGGAGGUGAUGCCGUGAAGCCCAGGGGGAAAAAGCAGAAAGACGUCACUGAUAUGAAUGUUGGCGAUUCGGCAGAUGAAGGGGACCAGGACGACAACGAUAAUGAGGUGGAGGUCAGAGUCAAUUGUCACAUGAAGGGCAAAGGCAAGCAGCCUGCCAUGAGGAAGAAGCAUGUUCCCCCACAUUCUGAGGAGAAGUUCGACUUGGAUAAUGUUUCCAGCGGCGAGGAUGACUCAGUGGGGGUAAAGACGAAGGCUGCGAUGAACACGGCCAAGUCAACGCACACCGCCAAUACUGCCUAUGAUGAGGAGGGAUGGCAGCCAUUUUCUGCACAGGAUCUUGUCGAUGUUCCUCGGAUGGGAGAAGCGAGUUCAUCUGGAGUUGCUGGUGCUUCGGCAGCAAUUGCGCAUGCAAGGAAACUCUAUCCGAGGAUCGCCAAUCACCCGGAAGAUAUUAUUCUGUGGCCCAGGUCAAUGAUGGUUGAUGCCGACUGGUAUAAGCAUGAUGUUAGCAGAAUUGUGAUCCCUCCGCCAGCAUUUUCACUUCCGGAUCCUGCUGAAAAUGAUGCAGCAGAGCUAGAGUGGGUUGACUGCCAGAAGGCGAUUUUACUGACAACGUCUGCCCGAUUCCAAGGCUUCAGGAUACUUGACCUCGAACAUAUCGUUCAGCGACCAUCAAUGGCACAGUUGGAUAAUCCGGGAUGUUUUGCUCCGCGGUUGCUGGCUGAUGACACCGCUGGUAUUCCUGAAGAAUAUGUAAAGGUGUGGAAAUAUGAGCCUGGAGUAUGGCAAGCUAUCGAGCAUCCUCUUUGA